AUGUCUUCCCUGCAAUUACUGCCGUUAUUCCUUCUCCUAUCUCUACUCUCCAUUUCGGUGGGCCAACAAACCAAAGCUACAAAAUAUUUUCUGGAAAAAACACAAAUUCAAGUAAAACCAUUUUCUUUACAAACGGCCCGCAAUGGUCAAUUACUCACCUCUAACAUGGAACAAUUUCGUGAUUUAUAUGCAUCCUACAAAUAUUUCCUGACGCAGCAAUAUUAUCGUGACUUCAAAACCAACUAUAAAUAUAUGGUUGAUGAAGGAAAGGUGCAGCGACCAAUAAAUCCUAACAUACCGUUUCCCUGUGACUUAAAUAACACCCGCUCCUUAACAACACCCACCAGUGUUCAUAGCCUAAGACCCGGUGACAUUGAUAUUAUUGGAGCCCUGGGCGAUUCUAUAACAGCCGGUACAGCCAUGAUGUCUAAGAAUGUGCUGCAAAUAUUUAUAGAAUUUCGAGGACAAACGGUGCUGGGUGGAGGUUUAAAAGAUUGGCGCACAAUUUUAACUUUACCCAAUAUCUUUAAAGUUUUCAAUCCCAAUUUGUAUGGUUUUGCAGUGGCCAAUACGUUGGCCAAGUCUCGAGAAGCUCGUUUUAAUCCUGCCGAAGCAUUUGCCACCACUCAGGAUAUGCCCUAUAUGGCUGAAGUUUUAGUCAAACGUAUGCAAAGUGAUCCCAAGGUGGACAUGCGCAAACACUGGAAAAUGAUUUCCAUGUUUAUAGGAGCGAACGAUAUCUGCAGUGACAUGUGCUAUUAUGACAAGAUAGACGAUUUUCUUGAAAAUCAUCGCAAGGAUUUACACAGAACUCUAACAAUUCUUAAGGAAAACAUACCUCGCUUACUGGUAAAUGUCAUCUCCAUACCCGAUAUUGACAAAACCAUACGUGUAAUGAAAAGUAUACCGGACCAAUGUGAUGUUCUACAUAAAGCCAGUUGCCGCUGUGUAAUCAAUGAUUCCCAUAAUACAAAACAACUUCAGGAUAUACGCAAGAUCAUACAACGUUUCCAACGAAUUGAUGUGGAAGUUGCAUCUCUUCCAGAAUUUCAAUUGAAAGAAUUUGCUGCUGUGCCCCGAACUGUUGCGGUAAACAAGACUUUGAGGACUUUAAAAAGUGGCCGCACUGAUUUAAGAUAUUUCGCCAUCGAUUGUUUUCAUUUUAGCCAAUACGGCAAUGCGGCCUUUUCGAAUAUGUUGUGGAAUGAUAUGUUGCAAGUGGAGACCAAACCGAUUACCAUCAUUCCGAAGCCAUUUGAAUUUAUUGCCUGUCCCAGUGAGGAGAAACCCUAUAUAGCUACUUUACAAAACAGUUAG